ACACUCAGGCGAGCAGAGGCGAGGCGAGGCACGCAGACAGUGUGAAAGAGCUCACAGAACAGUGGCGCCGCACCUCAAGAACGGGGGAGACUUCACCUUGCCGAUUUUGUGCAUUUCAAUUGUAGCCAAAGAAUCGAGUAGUCGGGGAAGUUCGAACAAAAUGGUUAGCAAAAAAGAAAUGGAAGGCAGUGAUGAUGGUAGCAAUGAGAUUGUAUCUUCGGUUUCAACCCAAGAGAACGGGAGUAGGAAUAAGAGGAAGUUUUUGUCCGAAUUCCCGUUAGACAUUCCCAUAGAUUCACCGGCUCUGUCUCUGACAGAAUUCCCGAGAUAUGAGUUAUUAGAGGAAAAGCUCCAGAACACACUAAAUGAGUUUGCAUCACUUGACCUGCAGUCUGGGCAGACUAAUGAGAAACGUGAAAUCGAAAGUUCACAACAAGCUGAUUGGGACGAUCCGGUUGCGUGUGAGCUCGAGAAACUUCUAAUAAGUAAUCUGCACGCAGCUUUCCGGAGUGCAAUCAAGAAGAUAGUUGAAUGUGGAUACAGCCAGGAACUUGCGGAAUUGGUUGUUUUGAGGAGUGGACUUUAUCAUGGCGUUAAGGAUGUUGUCUCGAAUGUUGUUGAUGGUGCGUUGGCUUUAUUAACGAAAGAAAGGUAUUUGGGUACUAGGUACCAAGUAUUUGAGGAGUUCGAUAGCCUAAUAGAGUACGCAAUCCUCGAGAUGAUCUGUGUGCUGAGGGAAGUUAAGCCGUUUUUAACCGUUGCUGAAGCAAUGUGGUACCUCUUGAUUUGUGAUCUGAACCUGUUACAUGCAUGUGCGGUGAAGGGAGAUCCUUCGUGCGAGUUCUUUAGUCAAGUAAAUCAGGGGGAGGGCUCAUCUGAUACAAAGGUUCCCCAGUCGAAAACCGAAGUUUCUAAAGCCAGUUCAAACAAUCACAAAUCACAUCUUUUGAAAUCUUCCGCCACUAGUUCUCAAAGCUCGCAGUCUAAAGCCGCCGCCUCUCAUCUACCAAAAAACUCACGAUUUCGCGAAGUUGCAAUAACUGGGAAAGAAGGCUCGGUAUCCCUUCUGGAGAUGGAGGGAAAGUCUUUAGGUGCCAGUGUCUCUGAAGAAAAAUCCGGGGCUGGUCGAAAGGGAUCAUCGCUUCUUUCCAAGAAAGAUCUCCUACGGCAAAAGGCGUUUCAUUUUGAGAAGACCUACAAAGGUCGUGUGGGUAAGGGGGCCUCCUUUAAGGCCAAAUUUACUUCCUGGGGCAGCAUGGUUCUCGAUAAGACCCUGAAUCCUCCUCAAUCUGGUUCUUCUAGUACAGCAACGAAAGUCACUUCCGCUAAGAUAACUGCUACAGUUAAGGCCACUGGUCUUCCCGCAGAAGGAAACCAGCACGCUACAAGCAACCCCGCUUUGCUCAUAUCGGGAAACGACACCGUUGGUGCGUCACCGGUACAAGAUACUAUUUUUGCACUGCGGGCUGUCAACUGCAGGAAGACCAAAGCAUCCUCGGAUCACGUACCUAUGCCAUCUCCAAAGCCCCCGGGCAACACCUCAACCUCUUCCAGUGUGUCAACUUAUUAUACCGGUAUCCCUUACGACGAAUCUCUAGGGAAAUAUGUUGCUCAAAACGAGAAAGAUGAAACCAUAUUAAUGCUGAUUCCCUACAUUCAGAAUUUAGAGAAACAAAUCGCAGUUUGGUCAGAUUGGGCAGCUGAGAAGGUUAGGAUGGUUGCUCGAACGCUGACCAAGGAUCAAGCCGAGUUGAGAACGUUGAGACAAGAAAAAGAAGAGGUCGAAAAAUUUCUGAAGGACAAGCAAACACUGGAGGAGAACACUCUGAAGAGGCUUACUGAAAUGGAGUACGCAAUAUCCAAUGCUAGUGGCCAGAUGGAGAUGGCUAAUUCCUCGCUUCAUAGGCUUGAGGUGGAACAUGCUCUGCUACAAAAGAAGAUGGAGGCUGCAAAAUCGCAUUCUCUGGAGUCGUCUAGAAAAUCGCAGGAAGCCAUGGUGAGAGAGCAGGAGGCACUGAAGAAGUGUCAAGCUGGGGAGGCGGAGAAGAGGUUAUUGCACGAAAAGUUCUCAGCUCGGAAAUGUGAAAGAGCUAGCUUGGAGCAGCAAUUAGAGAAGGCUAAGAAACGGCUGAAACAGAUUGAGGCUCUUGCAGAACAGGAAAAGAAGGAGAAAGAAGAACUUCUUAAGCAGGCCAAAUUCCUGCAGGGUAAAAGAGAACUAAUGGGAGCUUUGGCAAAAAUAGAGGAGGAUAGUAUUAGAGAAACGGCAGAAGAAGACAUGCAGAAGUGUAAAAAUGAAAUCGACAAGCUUGCAAGUGAAAUCUCUGUACUAAUAUUAGCAUCUGAAGCUUCAAAAAUAGAGGCACUCCGGAGAGGCAUUGGAACGGGCCAUGGUAGCUACCCGAAGGAUGGCAAGUUGGGGCCGCACAUUCCUAUGACGAGGGAGGGAGGUGAAAAGCGAGAAAGAGAGUGCGUUAUGUGUUUGACAGAGGAAAUUUCAGUGGUUUUCCUACCGUGUGCACAUCAAGUUCUUUGCACGCAGUGCAACAUUCGUCACGAGAAGCAAGGAAUGAACGACUGCCCUUCUUGUCGAACGCCAAUCAAGACAAGGAUCAACGUGCGCUAUUCUCCUUCCUAGCCGCCCCUCGAGGAGUAUCUGCUGUUUUGCAAUCCUGCUGGAGUUUAGAGGAUGAUCCCCAUUCCAUUUUCAACAGAAAUACAACAUUUGACAUAUUCAUCCAUUUAUGUGUCUUUUUUUGGCUUUAUUUUACGGCUACUAAAAGUAGAAAUACUUGAGAAAAGAUUGAGAGAAACAAACAGACAGAUAAACACUAGAAAGCUAUGCCCCAGUGGUGUAAGGGCAGUUGCCUUCUAGCCUUUGUAAAUGAUUUACUGCCAAGCUCCUUCCCAUAUGAUAUACCACUAUACCACUCAGUCCUUCAAAUUCCCUGUCAAGAGUUAACAGAAAAAAAAAAAACUUUUUGUUUG